GCGCCAGCGCAGGGACCAGGGAAAUGAAGCCGCGCUGUGUGCGUAAGAUCCAGGAAACGAAACCGGAGCUGCCGCGGUGGGCGCGAAGGUUACUCCCAGACUCCCUUCCUGCUGCCUUUGGAGCAGGUUGCGCAGCAGCUGUGCCUGGCAGUCUGAAGGCGCGGAGAGGAAGCCACCGCCUGGACCCUGCUCUCUGGACCUUGGCUCGCUCGGGAGCGGAAACAGCGGCAGCCACAGAAUCUGUUUAAAUCAUGGACAAGCAAUACACACAGAUGAAUGAUUCUCACCCAGAAACAAACAUGCCAAUUGGGUAUCCGCCUCAGUAUCCACCAACAGCAUUCCAAGGACCUCCAGGAUAUGCUGGCUACCCUGGGCCCCAGGUCGGCUACCCACCCCCACCAGCUGGCCAUCCAGGUCCUGGGCCAGCUGGCUUUCCUGUCCCAAAUCAGCCAGUGUAUAAUCAGCCAGGUGGAGCUGCAGGGGUACCAUGGAUGCCAGCACCACCGACUCCAUUAAACUGCCCACCUGGAUUAGAAUAUUUAAGUCAGAUAGAUCAGAUACUGAUUCAUCAACAAAUUGAACUUCUGGAAGUCUUAACAGGUUUUGAAACUAAUAACAAAUAUGAAAUUAAGAACAGCUUUGGACAGAGGGUUUACUUUGCAGUGGAAGAUACUGAUUGCUGUACCCGAAAUUGCUGUGGGCCAUCUAGGCCUUUUACCUUGAGGAUUAUUGAUAAUAUGGGUCAAGAAGUCAUGACUCUGGAGAGACCACUAAGAUGUAGCAGCUGUUGUUAUCCCUGCUGCCUUCAGGAGAUAGAAAUCCAAGCUCCUCCUGGUGUACCAGUAGGUUAUGUUAUUCAGACCUGGCACCCAUGUCUACCAAAGUUUACAAUUCAAAAUGAGAAAAGAGAGGAUGUACUAAAAAUAAGUGGUCCAUGUGUUGUGUGCAGCUGUUGUGGAGAUGUUGAUUUUGAGAUUAAAUCUCUUGAUGAACAAAAUGUAGUUGGCAAAAUUUCCAAGCACUGGACUGGAAUUUUGAGAGAGGCAUUUACAGACGCUGAUAACUUUGGGAUCCAAUUCCCUUUAGAUCUUGAUGUUAAAAUGAAAGCUGUAAUGAUUGGUGCCUGUUUCCUCAUUGACUUCAUGUUUUUUGAAAGCAGUGGCAACCAGGAACAAAGAUCAGGAGUGUGGUAGUGGAUUAGUGAAAGUCUCCUCAGAAAAUCUGAAUUCUGUAUAUUGAUUGGGACUAUCUAAACUCAUACCUAUAUAAAUUAAGCUGUAAUGCCUGUAGCUCUGGUUGUAGACUUUUGCUUUGCAAAUUAUAGAGUUUAUCUUCUGUAUAACUGAUUUAUUAAGGCUUUUAUGCAUUUUUUUAAUACUCACUGUGAAUUUGAGAAAAAGGACAUAGGAGUUUUUACAAUUGUUAAUGAAAUUUCCUAUGAAAAACUGCUUUGAAUCAUGAUCUCUGAUUGUUUUACUACCGAAUAUUAAUUAAUGCCUUAUUAAUUUUAAUAUAAAUUAUAUUUUAUUCUAUUAAAUCUAGUUACAAUUUA